ACUAUUAAUCAAUAACUAAUAAAAUUCCAUCUUUCUUCGUAUUUUCUCCUCGGGAGCAGGUUGUAGGAUUCAAAGUUCGAGAUAAUCAACACGAGCUCGCUAGCGAUUCAGUCAAUUUUUUUCUGUUACUGCUGAUUUUCCGGCGUCUCAGUCAUGGACGAGCUGGGUUCUCCAUCCUCUGCACCACCCGCUGCUAUUACUAUCGAUGGCGCCGAGCAAGAUUCGGUCUUGGCCAAUUCGCAGUAUCUGACGCGCGAGGAAGUGCUCAGGCGCCGACUCCGCCGAAUCAAGCAAUUAGCCCGCUUCUACAGAGACCACUACUGGGCGCUAAUGGAGGAGCUCAAGGUCAAGUACAAAGAGUACUAUUGGACUUACGGCAUGAGCCCUUUUGUGGAGGAUCACAAGAACAAUCAGGCCAAACACUCCGAAGGCGUCGCGGCAUCCGGGGAGAAUGUAAGUUGCAGCAAUGGCAAUGAAAAAGCAAUCGUUGCUUCUAACGGUGGGGUUGGUCAGGAUGUCGUCCGUUGCGCUUUUAGCGGCUGCAAGUCGAAGGCUAUGGCUUUAACUAGGUAUUGUCAUAACCAUAUAUUGUACGAUUCGAAGCAGAAACUCUAUCGGGGAUGCAAAGCCGUGGCCAAAAAUUUGCCAACUGGACCUUCUAGAUGCAAUAAGCCUGUAUUGAGAUCCACAGUUCCUCUUGCAUGCUCCAGUCAUUACCAAUUAGGUGAAAGGUGUUUGAUUCGUGCAGUAAGAAGGGCAGGUUAUGCCAUCCCAACUCAUCGUAAGCCUAGUCCAAAAUUACAUGUAGUAAUUGCUGAAUUUGUCCACCAAAUUCAAGAAAAGAGAAAAGCUGCAUUGAAGGUGACUGUACCUAAAGCUGAGGCUGAAUAGGACACAAGAUUAAGCAUGAGAUCUGAAUUCAGCAUGGUCCAAUUGUUCAGAACUUUCUUCCAUCGGGUGGUGGAGAUCAAUGAACUGUACCUCUUUGGAGCUGUGCAUUAUAUUAUAAGUUGGAUCUGUUUCCACCGGUGAUUGAGAUUGUGCUAUCGACUUAAUUGCAGUGGUUGACAUAGAGCUAGCUCAUCCAAUAAAAUCCCUUCUGACACUGACAUAUACUCUAGUAUCUAAAAAUCCAGUUCAGUAUAAAAAAGUUUGGAGCAUGCAAAAGCGCUAUUUGCGCAUUAUUAAGUUCAUCUGUGUGCUCUAUUCUUGGUAUUCAGAGUCUUGAUCCAAAGAUUAAUUUCUGUGACCCGAUGAUUCAUCUCACAUUCUGAGUUUCUGACACUUGUUCUUGCUGGACUUAUACAACUGGUUUGCAUGGUGGCGUUCCCAGUUCCCUCGUGCCCACCUCUGAUCCCAUGUCAUAAUACAGAGUUUGUAGAUAAUCUUAAGUAGUACUAAUUUGUAUUAUUCGAUCUCUAAUGGAGGACAGAGUUAGGCUAGCUAUAUGCGGAAACGGAUAACCAAGUAAAAACGAUACCUUUGCAUCAUUUGCUAAAACAUGCCAAACCAUGCAGUCUAGUCUGUGUAAAACUGUUACCGUUUCCAUUAAUGAAAAAAAAAAAAAAAGCUGACAAGAUGGUGAUUGGUGACAAUCCAUUCAAGCUGACAAAAUUGAGGCUAGCAGUUUUGACUUGAGGACAGAAGCGCAGCUGAUGUCUGCAGGAGGGCAGGUGACUGGUUUCUGAUGUUAAGGAGGCGAUUUGAUGGGCAAACCGUUGACAUUAAAGCUUGAAAAUGUGGUUCGAUUCACACUUUAUCCAGAGCGCAAUCCAAUGUCGAAGGCCUCAUGAGUCAUGUGGGCAAAGCUCAUGAACAUGGUUCUUGUACUUACACAUUUCUCUCGCACAUUCGCAAACACCCAGCUUCGUCAAAAUCAUCAAUGAAGCACUUUGAAUGUGGGCCUUGUGGUACAACAAUCGACCCCUAAUGGAGUGGAGCCAUUGCCUGGUAUGCAAAUCACCUUCCCGAGUCUACCGUUAAUGCGGUAAUAUAUGCUGCCCAUUUCAAACUCACAAGCAUGCUUGGACGUGACAAGAUGGUCACCCCGCAUAUGUAAAUAGCUCGACUACACUUGUCUUUUAUGAUGGCUAAUUAAGUAGAACGGCUUCUCAUUGUUUACAUAUAGAUUCAUACUCCUUUCUGUU